GCCUAUUUUGUGGGCGAUUUUUUCCAGCAGCGCAGUACCAAGCUGCUUCUGUUUUUUUUCGUUUGUUGCCGCGUUUUUGGAGCUGUGGUGGAUAAGUUUCGCGGAACAAAGAAGACGCAGAGAAGCAAUGGAAGUGAAGGAGGUGUGGGCGACGCUCGAGCAAGCGAUCAAGUCCUACACGGGGCUAUCUUCGGCGACCUUCUUGACGUGGUCUCCGCCUACUUUGAGCCGACGUCCAUUGCGAGGAAGCGGGAGGUGGAGGUUGAGCUGGUGGAGCCGCUUCCGGCGCCAGUUCAGCUCGGCCAGGGAACAGAGGAGGAGCUUAUCGCUUACGAUGGAUCCGAUCCUAAGAAACCCCUUCUCAUGGCGAUCAAAGGUCAGAUCUACGACACUUAUCGCUUAUGAUUGUACCGAUUAAUAAGUCCAUCUUCAGCGAGCUUGAAGUAAGCUUCUCUUCUCGAGGGUUGGGAGCAUCGCAGUAAGCUUCUCUUCCCUGCUAGGUUUGAUUCUCUUCUCCAACGAUCUCCAUUCCGAAAUCUGAUCCUUUUCACUCUGUUCUUACAGCUCUUGCAUUUCUUCCAAGUUUUUGUUAUCGUUUGAAGGUGUUUCUUCUUAUUUGUGUGUUUUUUGCUCUGUUGCAUAGAAAUGA